AGCAGAGCACCAGCCCGGAGAGGCUUGUCCAGAUUUCUUCCUUAAUCAGUAAUCGUACAAACGCAACCAUAAGGUUCCCGGUGCGUCCGCCUCCUUCCCCCUCCUUCCGCUCCAACCUGUCCCGUUUUUUUCAUUCGGUCCGCUCCCCUCCGUUCUCCAAUAUUUACUUUCUGUACGUGAAGAGGACAGGGGGUCCCCCCGUCGUGCAAUGUAGCAGCAUGGGCACGUUUGACCGCGGCGUGCAGAUGCUGCUGAGCACGGUGGGCGCGUUCGCCGCGUUCAGCCUCAUGACGAUCGCCGUGGGCACAGACUACUGGCUGUACUCGCGUGGGGUCUGCAAGAUCAAGUCGACCAAUGAGAACGAGACCAGCAAGAAGAACGAGGAGGUCAUGACCCACUCGGGCCUGUGGAGGACAUGCUGCUUGGAGGGAACCUUCAAAGGGCUGUGCAAGCAGAUCGAUCACUUUCCGGAAGACGCCGAUUACAAAGCAGAUGCCUCCGAGUACUUCUUACGUGCCGUGAGGGCAUCCAGCAUCUUCCCCAUCCUCAGUGUGAUCCUGCUCUUCAUGGGAGGCCUGUGUAUAGCAGCUAGCGAGUUCUACAAGUCUCGUCACAACAUCAUCCUCAGCGCUGGGAUUCUUUUUGUCUCGGCAGGUCUCAGUAACAUCAUCGGCAUGAUCGUGUACAUAUCAGCGAACGCAGGCGACCCCACCAAGAGCGACUCGAAGAAGAACAGCUACUCAUACGGCUGGAGCUUCUACUUCGGUGCGCUGUCCUUCAUCAUGGCUGAGAUGGUUGGAGUCCUGGCUGUGCACAUGUUCAUCGACCGGCAUCGAGAGUUAAGAUCGGGCGUGAGGGCCGCCGAUUACCUGCACGGAUCAGCCAUCACACGAAUCCCAAGCUAUCGCUAUCGCUACCGGCGCCGCUCACGCUCGAAUUCUCAGUCGCGCUCCUCGUCGCGCUCGACUGAGCGCUCGCAGUCACGCGAAGGCUCCCCUGUCGGUCUGAAAGGCUUCGGCACCCUGCCCUCCACCGAGAUCUCCAUGUACGCGCUAAAGGGUGGCCACGGCACCCCGACGGCCACCUACAACUCGGACAGGGACUUCCUCCAGGUCCACAACUGCAUCCAGAAGGACGCGAAGGACGGAAACUCAGCCAACCGACGCACGACGCCGGUAUGAGGAACCCCGUCCGUGAUGGAAUGAACAACACUAGGGGGCAGAAAGAUCAGAGCCCUUAAGUUUUCCAUGUAUCGUGAGUUCUUAUGAUUAGCAAGAGCUGGGUUCAGUUCCUGUUCUUUUUCUCAGUCUUUCAUGUUUGCAUGAUUUUUUUUUCCAGACAUUUUAUUUAUCUUAGAUAAAACCAGCUCGGAUGUGUGAUUAUAGGUGCGUUAUUCCGCACGCUGGCCCUGAAUUUUAUUACCAUUCUUAACACGCCCUUGUCGACGUUCCGUUAGGAACGACUUGCAGUUGAGUUUUUAUGAGGAAAACGCUCGACCUUGGCGUCAUGGCAAUUCAUUUUUUUGUCCGAAGGGUGAUAACGUCUUGUGAAUUCACUGGCAACAGAGUAGAACGCUUUUGUUAGCUGUCAGUGCAAGGUGAAGUAAUUAAAUAACUUUACUUAAUAAUAAGACGGCUCCAGAAUUUAAAGGAAGGGAAAAAAGACACGUGAAAAGAAGUCGAUAUGGGCGUGUUACAGUGCAGUAUUAAAACGAGGCCCAGAGUAAAAACUAAUGCUUGUACUUUCUUUUCCAGUUGUACGUAUUAAUUUGAUCAUUUGCAAUUAUGUUUUAUAAUAAAAACUGUGAAACACACGCAGUAGGGAUUUCAGUAAGGAAUAGCCCAGACUGCAAACAAAGCUCUACAUUAUAUACAAAUAUAAUGUAUUAAUUUUCUAACUUAUUUAAAGACUUUUCUGAAGUGCAAAAAAAAAACCACUAUUCAACUAAAGCGGACACGAACACACACACACACACACACACACACACAUACACAAAGUGCAAAACUGGCGAUUGAUGAAGAAACAGAAAGGGGGGAAAAAACAACGCCAAGACUUUCCACCACAAAGCUGCUGGAACAAAGAGACACUUUCGACUUUCAAUGCAAAAUCUAUUCUUUUAAAAAGAAACCUUCUCAUCUUUUGCUCCGUCCCUGUCCGCUUUCUUUUUUUUUUUCACUCCUCCCGCCUUCAGCACAGGAGCGAGACGCUGAUGGGCAAAGGUCAGAGGUCGACUCAUGGACUCCAGGAUCCACUGCCAAGAUGGAGGAUGAAAAAAAAAAAGGAGGAGAGGGCGAGAAAAAAAAGAUGAGGAUGCCGAACACUUAAUCCUUGCGAGGAAAAAAAAAAAAGAAGAAAAAGCAAGCGACGAAAUGAACAACGAAACGUCCCGAGACGUGAAGCUACGUAACUCAUGAAUAAUACAGAAAUUAAAUGCAUGCUGUAAAUUUACAGAAAAUCUGCUCUUGAGACGUUUUAAAGGAUAACAAUAAUUAUAACGGGGGAUAAAGCAAUGCUCAAAACAUUAGUGUACUUUUUUCUUCUUUUUCAUUUGACUCAUUACAAAGCUUUUUUUGGGAAACAAUCAACCUACAACGAUCUUUGACUGCUUUUACGUUUUCUGUUUGGGUUUUUCCCAGUUGUUUAUUCUUUCUAUGUAAAUGUACAUAUUUCAUUUUUGGAAAUCACACAGCCUUAGCCUUUUUUUUUUUUCUUUCUUUCUUUUAAAUAAUUUCAGUGUGUUGUUUUCAAAGAACUCUAAAAGGUGCCAAAAAACUGAAUGAUCCUCAACUUGGAUGCAUCAAGUUCUGAUGAAUAAAAGACAAACCCCAGGGGGAACAAAUCCUCUCUUUCUGUCUGGUUUUUCUUUUUCCGCACACAUCCUGACCUCUGAUCGUUUUCGGAUUCCAGCAGAGUCACGGCAGCCGUUUUUCCUGAACUAGAAACUCGUUAGUAAGUGCUGCUAGAAUAA